UUCAAAGAAGAGUUUAAAUUUAAAAAUGUUUACACUAAAUUAAUGAUAUAGAUAAAGAUAGAUAUGAUCUGUUAUCUAUAUUAUAUUUUGUAUGAUAAGUCGUAAGUAGCGAAAGUAUCGCACUAAAUUGUGAUUUAUCCGAAAUAUCAUUACCACGCCAUGUGCGUUCUUCAAUCUUUCACGUGCACGUGAGUUCUACAAUGUUUUGUUUUUCUUUUUCUGCAUGUAACUUUAAUAAAUUUUUUGGAUUCUCCAAAUUAAUGUAACACGUUCUAUUCCAUAUAACGCACAAGCUCCACAGCUAGUAUUUCUUAUAAUAAGAUUAAACUAUUUUUCGAGAAGGGAAUUUUGUUUUUCUAUUAUUAACAUGCUUUGUACUUUUCAUUUAUUGAUUUAGCUUCAUGGCCUAGUCCGAAAUUCAAUUCGACUGAUUUGCCAUCAAUUUCCUCUUAUUACUGUCAGGGUGCUUAGUUUCUUAGGUUGAAAUUUGACAGGCAAAACUCUAUAAGUUAGGGAAAUUUAUAGUUGUUUGCGUAGCUAAUGUGCUGCUGCCUUCACGUGUAUUGAGGAACGUAUGGAGCAACAUCUUCAUGAGUUCUCAGAGUACCCUAAGACACAGGCGGAAAUAGAUUCCUUGACAUGUAACCUGUAAAGCAUAGCAAGCCUAAUGCUUUUUAAAGAAUCUCUGAUAGCUCGCCAUGACUAACGCAUUUCUCUGGCAUUUAAGUUUGCUGAUUACUAAUUAGAUACGAACCAUGAUAAUUCUAUGCCGAAGCCAAAAGCAGCAGAUAACGCGUUUUGCCUCCACAGGUACAUUGAGUCAUCUUGCUGGUCUUGAGACAGUUGGAAAGGUACAGAAAUUGGAGAGGAGUUCUGGUUCGAUAUUCCAAUCUAUGAGUUCAGAAAUUCAACAAGAAGACUUGGGCACUGUCCUCAUGCAUGUGGGUUUAGGAUAGACCGAAGCACCAAACACUGAGUGGCUCAACGCCAAAGAGAUUUACUUAAUGCAAAGUGAAGUAACUGAGCUACCUGAAAGCCCAAGGUGCCCGAUACUCAAAGCACUAUAUCUGCACAGGAACUGUAAACUCAGAACGAUUCCUAUCUCCUUUUUCGAGUAUAUGCCUGCUCUCCAAGUACUGAACUUCUCCAGAACUCGUAUCAAGACCUUGCCUGAUUCUUUAUUCAGGUUGUGUUAUCUCAAAAGACUUUUUCGAAACCAUUGUGAGCUCCUAACAUUUUUGUCUCCGAAAAUCGGGGAACUAAAACAGCUGGAGGUACUCGAUCUUCAUGGGACAGAGAUACUCAAACUACCGAAUGAGGUUGGACAGCUAACCAACCUUACAUGUCUGGAACUGUCAUUCUAUAGUGACUCUAACUCUGAAGGGGAUAAGGGCAAGUCAAAUGCGUUGAUUCCCGAAGGUACUAUAUCUGCUUUAUCUCAGUUAGAAGAGUUGAGUAUUGAUGUGGAUCCAGAGAAUGAGAGGUGGGAAAGAGCUGUAGGAGCUUCUGUCAAUGAUAUUCGUGGCUUGAAGAUGCUAAAUACUGCUAAGCUGUACUUCCCGUAUGUGGAACAUCUCAUGAACUUCAAUUGGUACAGCACCCCAAUUGAACGUUUCGAGUUUACUGUGGGCCGCCAUGCCAAGCGCAUCAUGUCCCGGUUCCCGCAGGAUCUUCAGUAUGAGCUCGAACAGUGGGAUAGAUGCCUCAAGUACAUGAAUGGUGUGGGCAUCCCUUUUGAUAUUAAGAAAGUGCUCCAACAUUCAACUGCUUUUUUUUUGGAUCGCCACGUGACUGCCCCUAAGCUAUCUGAAUUUGGGAUCGGGAACAUGCAGCAACUAAAAUGUUGUAUCAUUGGAGAGUGCAAUGAGAUUGACUACGUCCUUGAUGGGUGUGAUUUCUCCGAGGAGGAGAGCAGUAGUGAAAUAUUAUCCGAAUACUCCUUUGAUGGGCAUAGUCUUGGAUCCCUCGAAUUUUUCCAUAUAUAUUACAUGAAGAGCUUGAGAGGAAUAUUCACAGGACCGUACACAAAAUGUACACAAAAUGCUCGUGUAAUCUCAAAUGCUUGACCUUGCAAACAUGUCCGCAGCUGGCCAUUAUUUUCACACCAGACGUACUUGUCGAUCUUUCUAACUUAGAAGAGCUGACGGUCGAAGACUGUGAUGUUAUCACGAGUUUGGUAACCUGUGAAGACUCUACCAUGUACAAAAACUCUUGUUUCCUCCCCAAGUUGAAGAGGAUGUCACUGCAUUAUCUGCCUCAACUAGUAAGCAUCUCUUAGGGAUUGCGCAUGGCGCCAGACCUGGAAGAGAUUAGCCUCUGCGAUUGCCCAAGGCUGAGUGUCUUGAUUGAAGAAGUGGGCAACAAACACCUGACAAAGAUUAAAGGACAGGCAUCACUUGCAUUUAGCAGUACAUCAUGUUGUGGGGCUAAACAAAGCAGGACUUCGGAAGGGAAAUCUGUAGAAGGUGAAACUAGACAAAGCUGGAACUUGGAAGGGAAGUCUGUGGAAGGUGAGGCCGAAAAAAGCAGGGGCUCAGAAGCUAAGUUGGUCGAAGUUGAGGCGAGACAAAGUCGGAAAGGAAAGCUUGUCAAAAGUAUUCCAAGAAAGGAGGUUUUGCCCAACCCAAAAUUGUGGGUUUUCAGUUUUGCUGAGUUUAGUGACGUGACUAAGAACUUCAACAAACUCGCCAGGAGGCCGGGAAGUUCUUUUAAAGUAUACAGAGGUUACCUUGAUGUGAAGGCAGCCGCUUCACCAGCUAUGGUGGGACUUGGGUUGCCAUCAAAAGGUUGUACUCUGGAGCCGUGCUAGGAACUGAAGAGUGGAAGUCAGAGGUCACCUAUAUUGGCGGCUUAUCUCAUCCUAACAUUGUCGACCUGUUGGGAUAUCGUUCAGAGGGGAGAGAGCGCAUCCUUGUUUAUAAGUUCAAGGAAAACCUGGAACAGUAUCUACGUCAAAGUAAGACCCAGAAAGAAGAAACAACUUUGCGACCCGUGCAGGCUACUGUGUUUCAUCACCCAAAUCUUUUUCAAUUAGAUUCAUUAUUGUUCUCUAUAGAUGACACGGUUUUGUGAGUGCAGGCUUUCCACGACUUUCAUGGGACUUACGGCUGAAGAUUGCAGUAGGAGCAGCCAGAGGCCUGGCUUUCCUACAUCAGUUGGAAAUACCAGUUAUCUACAGGGUCUUCAAGGCCUCAAAGAUACUGUUGGAUGGUGUAAGUUCCA